GCACUAAAAUAUAAGACACAAUCCAUUAAUCUAAUUCGCAGUGUACCUCACUCGGACGUAAAGUAGUUGUGUUUUACCCGAUAUUGCACAGGAUAUACAAUGAUACAAAGCGUCACCAGUCACUUCAUGGGGACUGCAGCAUAAGAGGACACUUAUUGUUUCGACAACGCUACCUACACUUGGAGACAAAGCUUGGGAGUAAUCAUAAUUUGCAUCCUCUUUGGAGGCUCGAAGAAGUAUCACUUAACAACACUUUCCUACAAGAUAAAUAAUUUCGUUAUCAACUACAAGUUCGCCUUUCUUAGAGUUAUCGAUUAAAUUUUCAGAAGUAUCACUGCUCGUAACAUAAACACCAUAAAAGCCAACAACUCUGCACAUUGAUUAAUAUUAUUACGUUUAACAAGUCUCCGUUACGAUGAGUUCUUAGCUAGGAAAUGUUCGAUUAAAUUUUAGCCGUUUACGGUGCUAAUUAUUCUUUAAAAUUACUUCUAGAUAUUGCUACGAUUUUGGGUCUUUCAGUUAGGUUAUUUUUCGUACCGUAAAUGUCCACAUCCGGACGAUUUCGAUAAAAUUAUCUAUGCAUGACUAUUCGUCGCGAUUGAAAUAUUGACAAGAGGACAUGAAAUUUUCACAAGUACUUAAUACGUACGUACCAAUUUGUAAUACGUUCUGUAUUCAACCCACUACUUACUCCAAUCUUCAUGGGGCGGUUUACUAUAUCAAGAAGGAGUACCUAUAAUAGUAGUUUAUAUUACAUUUUACACACGCAAUUCAGUUAGUGUGCUACAUAUAUAAGUUCUCUCUUUGGAAAAAUAGCAUUCGCCUUUUUUUCUAAAUGGGAAUCUCACAAAACACCGACGCAUUUAAGUUUCAAAGACUAUUAAUGGAAACUGCGGGAUUUUGGCCAAGAAGAGAAGCCUCAAUUUUCUACCUGAUUUACGGAUUAUCUGCCUACGGAAUUGUGGUAUUAUUCGCAGUGUCUUUGCUAUUGAGUACCAUGGUUGUGAAAGAUUUUAAACAGUUAAUUCUAGGAUGGUCGAUGUUUACAGCCAUGCUCAAUUGCUCACUAAAAUUUACGGUUUUCCGUGUUAAAAUGCCGGCCUUUUUGGAGCUUUUGGACUUCAUUCGUUCCCCUCAUUUCUUUUAUCACAGAGAGGAGUUCGACCAUCACCUCAAACGAAUUAUUAAAAUUGCGACUGUUGUGGUGAAGCUGUUUUUUUGUAGCGGCAUGACCACGUAUACCUGUUUAAUAUCGGCUCCGUUAUUUUCGAAAGAGGAAAGAAUCACGCCGUUUCCGUUUCCGUUAGACUUAAAACAGUAUUCUGUCAUGGUUUACAUUUUGGUGUACGUUUUUCAAAGCGUUGCUCUUUUUGCGGCUGCUUGGAUAAGUAUCGGAUUCGAUAAUUUAUCGACGGGAAUGAUGGGUCUGUGUUCCGCGUAUUUUGCUAUUUUACGUCAAACUAUAAUUUUUGCGACUGAAGAAUUUCGCAAUGAAAAACUCGAUAACAUCAAUUUGUAUAGUAAACAUGAUAAGCAAAUUUACAGAGAUUUGAGUGACUGUUCGACUCAUCACCUUGCUGUAAUCAGCUUUACACAACAAAUCGAGAAGAUAUUCUCUUAUGUGUUCUUAAGCCAAUUCUUAUGCAGUGCUGGCGGCAUUUGCCUUUCAGGAUUCACGUUUAUAAACUCAGAACCUGGAAGCCCGGAGUGUAUAUUUGCCUUGAACCUUAUGGGUACACUCAUGUUCCAGAUCACGUUGUAUUGCGCUUACGGAAAUGAAGUUACUGUUCAGAGUGCUAUGGUAUUAGACGCUUGUUACAUGACUGAAUGGAUCUAUUGUGGCCCAGAAGUGCGUCGAAGUUUAUUCCUUAUUAUGGAACGUUCGAAACGUCCGUUGGCGUUAACAGCAGGCAAAUUCGUAAACCUUUCCCUUUCGUCAUUGGUUUCAGUGAUAAAAUCUGCUGGUUCUUAUGCAAUGGUUUUGUAUCAACUGUACCACUCCUAAUCUAUGUAUCGCAUCACGUCACAUUUACACAAGUGUCUUUUUGAAAUAAAGUUUGUGCACAACCAUUUA